AUGUCUGGCAUCAACCCUGGAGACGAGAAACUUGUAUUUGAGUCCUCCGAGGCAGUCUCGGUUGUGUCGACUUUUGAUGACCUCAACUUGAAAGAGGACCUUCUUCGCGGCAUAUAUGCGUACAACUUCGAGAAACCGUCUGCUAUACAGCAACGUGCUAUUCUCCCAAUAACACAGGGUCGCGAUGUCAUUGCACAAGCACAGUCCGGAACCGGUAAAACCGCCACCUUCUCGAUAUCUAUUUUGCAGUCUAUCGACGUCUCUGUUCGCGAAACACAGGCUCUGGUGCUAUCGCCUACGCGUGAACUGGCGACCCAGAUUCAGUCAGUGGUUCUCGCUCUCGGUGACUAUAUGAAUGUCCAGUGUCAUGCUUGCAUUGGAGGUACAUCCAUUGGCGAGGACAUUCGAAAGUUGGAAUAUGGUCAACACGUGGUGUCAGGAACCCCUGGUCGUGUUUUCGAUAUGAUUCGGCGCCGUGCUUUGCGGACGCGCAACAUUAAAAUGCUGGUUCUCGAUGAAGCAGACGAACUGCUCAACAAGGGAUUCAAGGACCAAAUAUAUGACGUGUACCGUUACCUCCCUCCAGCUACUCAGGUAGUCCUACUGAGUGCGACACUGCCUUACGACGUGUUGGAGAUGACGACAAAAUUCAUGACCGAUCCCAUUCGUAUCCUCGUCAAGCGUGAUGAGUUGACGCUAGAAGGGAUCAAACAAUUUUUUGUUGCUGUAGAAAAAGAGGACUGGAAGUUCGACACGUUGUGUGAUCUGUAUGACACACUUACCAUCACACAAGCUGUCAUCUUUUGCAACACCCGGCGCAAGGUUGAUUGGCUGACUGAAAAGAUGCGUGCGGCAAACUUCACUGUGUCAUCGAUGCACGGUGAAAUGGUUCAGAAGGAAAGAGAUGCUAUCAUGGCGGAAUUCCGUGGUGGCACAUCUCGCGUGCUCAUCACGACAGAUGUUUGGGCCCGAGGGAUUGAUGUCCAACAAGUCUCCCUUGUCAUCAACUAUGAUCUGCCCGCCAAUCGUGAGAAUUACAUACAUCGCAUUGGGCGCUCAGGUCGUUUUGGCCGGAAAGGUGUUGCCAUCAAUUUCGUGACUGUCGACGACGUGCGUAUCCUGCGCGACAUCGAACAAUUUUACAGCACACAAAUUGACGAAAUGCCAGUCAAUGCUGCGGAGCUUAUUUAG